AUGGGCCUGAAGAAUCGGUUUUUGGGUAUUUGCAUCAGCCGUAAACUGGAAGGCCUCCACUCUCAGUUCACAUUGAGGAACGUCAUCGAGGGAAUAGGAGUAGAAGUGAUGUAUGAAAUGUACACGCCAACAAUCACCAAAAUUGAAGUGAUCAAGUUGGAAAAGCGGUUAGAUGAUGAUUUAACUUUUCUGAUUGACGCUUAUCCUGAAUACAGCACAUUCGAUAUGAAUAUGGAACCUACGCCUCAUAUUCCUGGAAAACCAGUACCUGUGAAUCCUAUAAAGGUGAAAUUACAGCCACCGCCUUGGACGCGAAGGUGGGAGCUGUUCGAUUAUAAAGGAAUCGAAGAUUGCUGGACUGAGCAAACAUCGUAUUUUAAGAGAAAAUUAAGCAAAUCAAAGCUCACCGAUCUUCGCAAAUACGACCUUAUCGCGGAUUAUCGCGAAGUCGCCACCAACGUCGAUGAGGAAUUGGCAAUUGAACAGGAAAUGCUAGAUUUUGAGACAAAAAAGCUACAAGCUGGUGUAACGAAGAGAAAAAUAUUGCGCUGUGCUGAGCAGUCAUUGUCUCAAGAUCUCACCGAUCUUCGCAAAUACGACCUUAUCGCGGAUUAUCGCGAAGUCGCCACCAACGUCGAUGAGGAACUGGCAAUUGAACAGGAAAUGUUAGAUUUUGAAACAAAAAAGCUACAAGCUGGUGUAACGAAGAGAAGAAUAUUGCGCUGUGCUGAGCAGUCAUUGUCUCAGGAUGUGUAA